AUGACACUGCACGCAAACCACGUUUCGUUUUAUGAAAUACUUGGAGUAUCAAAGGAUGCAGAGAGAGAUAGCAUAAAGACAGCAUACCAUAGGUUACUCCUGACAAACCACCCCGACAAGUCUAACCCGAACGCAAACACCUACUCAAUUCCCGUAAUCCAGCAAGCCUAUCGUACACUAAUAAAUGACGAUGAGAGGAUUGCAUAUGACAAACAACUACAUGACUACUAUAUCAAGCUAGGGCUAGUCGACAGCAUGGGAAUUGACACUGAUGGAAUCGAUCAUUUUGACUUGUCUGAAUUCGUGGAAGAUGGAGAGAGAUUUGUCCACGAUUGCCCACGUUGCCAGUGCCAUGAAGGUUUCCAGGUUGGGGAACAAGACCUGGAGAAUGGUGUCUUUGAAAAUAAUAAGGAUAACGAAGAAGAUGAACACGGAACGUAUAGAAUUCUACUCCAAUGUUCUUCAUGUAGCCUGUGGCUUUGUGUUGAUUACUCGAUACAAUAG